AUGCUUGCUCAUCGUUUAUUCCGUAAUGAUAGACACCGACAAGAAACAAUCGAAGCAAAAUUGAUGGCUUAUAGAUCACCCAAUCAUCCAAUAACUACUUUAAUAAAUGUGGCUUCUGAUUCGCCUGUUCCUUUAUUGAAUAAUCCAACGACAGAUGACACAAACGGAUGGCGAGCCCACAUUGCUAUAGUUCUCGCCAAUCUUCAAACACAAAAUGCAAUGAAUGCAGUAUAUCAAUUAGGAUUGUCUUUAGCACAGAAAGAAUUUAAUGCUGCUGCUGAUUUUUGUUUUUUGUCUGUUAAUUUAUUGACGGGUUAUAAUUGUUUUCAACCACCAAAUGAUAGUGAAUUAGAUGACCAUCCAAAAUAUCGCAAACAUAUCAGCCUUUUAAAUGCUUCAAUACCCGAUGAUUCUUUAAAUUCUUGUAUAACACGUUUUGGUUGGUCUGUAUUCGAUUAUCAAGCAACAGAAAUUUACGAAUAUGCAUUAAGAUUAGGUAAUGGAAAUGCAACUACAGCUCUUUCACAGUCUGAUGAUUUUGUUCAAACAAAGAGGCAAUAUGUUCAAUUACUUGGAGAACUUGGAGGAUUUGAUCAUUCAAUUGAACUUUAUAAUUUAAACGAGGGCAAAGAACAGCCAGGACGAGAACAUCCUCACAAUCCUAAUAAAUCAUGGGCACCGCCAAAAUUGCCCCAUCUUUCUUCACAAUCAAUUGGAGAAACAUUUGUAGCAUCCGAAACAAUUUCUUCUUCACCACCAAAUUAUUUUCCAGAAAUUAAAAAAGAGGAAAAGAAGAAGAAAGAAAAACAACAACAAAAACAAAUUACUGCUUCUUCUCCUACCCAAGUCAAAUCUUUUGUUCAUCGUCCACAGGAAAGUUUUGUAAAUAAUGAAGAAUUGUGUACAGGAAUUGCUUCUUUUCCAUCACAAGAUUUUGUAGGAGGAGGAAUUCCGCCGGAAUUUCCACCAAUUCCACCUUAUCAGCACCAGAAACAACAGCAACCAUUAACAAUAGAAGAACCACCAAUCCUUAAAGUUGUUAAUUCAUUGCCGCCUAAUAGUGAACGUUCAAAUCGUUCUAAUUCUGAAGAUAGUGGAGGUGGAAGAGAAUCUUUUGAAGAAAAUGUUCGCCGUCCAAGUGGAGGUGUUGGAGACUCUUCUUUUUUACCCCAACAUGAAUUUCCUCUUCCUCCUUUUAAUAAUAAUAAUAGAAGAAGAAAUUCUUCAACUUCGUCAAAUGUACUUCCUCCACAACCAACAAAAAUUGUUCAACAACAUCCUCCACUUCUUCAAAAAACAAAAAAUGAAAAAAAUAUAAAAGGUGAAAAUGAAAAUAUUGGAAGUUCUUCAACUACUGGAGGAAGUAGUGGAGGUGGAGGUUUUCUUUCUGGAAAGAUUGGUGGACUUUUUUCUAAAAUUACACAACUUCAAGGACAUAAUACAAUGAAAUUACCUGAUGAUAAAAAUCCUGAGAUUGUAUGGGAUCCUCAACAAAAUAAAUAUGUUGAUAAAUCUGGCCAAGCAAUAGAAGAAAUUGCGCCUCCUCCACCUCCAAUAAUAUCAACUUCAACAACAAAUUUACAACCAGAAAGAACAACCCCAACAAGUUCUACCCCAAUAUUUGAUGAUGAACAACAACAACAACAAAUGUUUUCCUUCUCCUCAUCAUUCCAACAUCACCAGCAAUUCCCUCCAAUGCCUAAUAUUGAUCAACAACAACCCAAUGUUGCUGCAACUACAAGUAGUAAACCAACAAGUGCUGCUACUUCUUCUAGGCCAUUCCAAGGGAGAAAUAGAUAUGCAAAUGCUUGGAAUUCUUGA